UUGGUGACUGAAAGACUCAGGCGAGAAACAGAGAGAGGGAAAAAAGAGGAGGGAGUGCGUGCGCGAGGACCAGCGCCAGAUCGAGCCAGCUUUAGCUGCUACCCCGGGAGAGGCGAUGAUGGCGGCGGCCGUAGAGAGAGGAGGGGUACGGGCCGCCUUCUUGAACCCCACUGGAGUUGGCGGCGGGGCAGGACCCGGGAUGGCGAACGCCCCAAUGGCACCCGCUAUGGCCACUGGCCCUGGGAGCUCCGGUCCAGUUCCCGUGCCCAUGAACCUGUUCGCUACCUGGGAGAUUGACCGUUCUUCGCCGAGCUGCGUCCCGAGGUUAUGCAGUCUGACCCUUAAAAAACUAACUGUGCUUAAAGAACUGGACAAAGAUCUUUCCUCUGUUGUAAUUGCUGUCAAAAUUCAGGGUUCAAAAAGGAUCUUGCGUUCAAAUGAAUAUGUCCUUCCUCCUGGUGGACUGAUGGAAACUGACCUGGAGUUAACAUUUUCACUACAGUAUCCACAUUUUCUAAAGCGUGAUGCAAAUAGACUACAGAUAAUGUUACAAAGGAGGAAGAGGUACAAAAACCGCACAAUUCUAGGCUACAAGACAUUGGCUGUUGGAGUAAUUAAUAUGGCAGAGGUAAUGCAACACCCUACAGAUGGUGGGCAGAUAUUAGGUCUCCACAGCAAUGUCAAGGAUGUUCCAGUGAGAGCUGCAGAGAUCAGUGUCUACUCGCUGUCUAGCCAGCCAAUUGACCAUGAAGAUGGCCAUUUACAAGCAGGGACAAAAGCCAAAUCCUCAGAUCGAUCACCAGAUAUUGAUAAUUACUCUGAGGAUGAAGAUGACAGCUUUUCCUCUGAACAGGAAGCCAGUGAUGAUGCUGUGCAAGGCCAGGAUAUGUAUGAUGAAGAUGAUGAAGUCAGAAAACCAAAGAAAUCUCGAAGAAAAAUGGUCAGAACCACAUCUAUAACACGACAACCUAACUUCAAGCAGAAGUUUGUAGCAUUACUAAAAAGGUUCAAAGUUACAGAUGAGGUUCUAGAUUCUGACCCAGUUGAUCAGACCCGUGAGGUUGAAGAGGACUUGGACUUGCUGUAUGACAGUCUAGAAGUUUAUAAUCCCAGCGACAGUGGUCCAGAAAUGGAAGACAAUGAAAGUGUUGUAAGCACGCCAAAACCCAAACUCAAGCCUUUUUUUGAAGGAAUGUCACAUUCAAGUUCACAGACAGAGAUUGGAAGUUUACACAGCCAAAAGAGUCAAAGUAGAGAUCACACAAGUCCUAGUGUUGAAUUCCCCACCACUGAAAAGAGUAAAUCUUCUGCAACAAAAUAUGUAGAUGAGGUUAUCUCUGAAUCCACUGCAUUUGAGGCAGAGGAUGAGGAGCAAGGUGUAGGAGAUUCUAGUACAUGGGAUAUAAACACAGAUAAAUUGGCUUCUUCUGGCGGAAAACUCAGCAAAGCAGAAUCCCAAACUAUUAUGUCACCUAGCAAAACAGAAUGUAAGCAGCAUAGGCGCCCUCGAAGCACUUCAAUGAAAGACCGACAGAACUCAAAAGCACAAAGUGACCGAACAAACAGCAUUGACAGUGAAAGUUCACCGGAUUCCAGGCUUAGUGCACAGGUUCCAAGAAAAUCAGUAUAUGACCAGCUAAACCAGAUUUUGAUCUCUGAUGAACACUUGCCUGAAAGCAUAAUACUUAUCAAUACUACAGACUGGCAGGGUCAGUAUCUUUCUGAGAUUCUUCAAGAACAGAAUCAGCCUAUUGUUUCUACGUGUUCUGCAGCGGAUGUACAGGCAGCUUUUAACACAAUUGUUACCCGGAUCCAAAGAUUCUGUAAUUGCAACUCCCAGAUGCCCCCUACAAUAAAAGUGGCAGUUGCCGGAGACCAGUGUUACCUUAGUACCAUUCUGAGAUCUUUUGUGGAACAGUUAGCAAGCAAAACACCAGACUGGUUAAAUUAUAUUCGAUUCCUCAUCAUUCCAUUUGGCUCCCACCCUUUAGCAAAAUACUUGUCUUCAUUUGACAGCAAGUUCAGUAAUAUCUUUAUGGAUUCAUCCUGGAGAGAAGUUUUCAGUAGAACAGAACCACCAGCUACUGAAAACAUUGAUGUAGCAGCACGUGUCAAUCAGUAUAUAGCUGGAGCAACCAUGUCUCAUCAGUUCCCAAUAUCUGAGGCCAUGCUUACCUACAAGCAAAAGAGGAAGAGAAGUUUAUAUUUUGAUUUUUAUAUCAGCCCUGAUGAAGACUCAUGUCAGAAAUUCAUACCUUUUAUCGGGGUUGUAAAAGUGGGAAUUGUGGAGCAUAAUCUCGGCACUUCUGUGGAUUCUGAUGAUGCUGCCAUCUGCAAUGUUAAUCUCUUAACAUCCCCCCCUGCUUCGUCUGGUGGUAAUUAUGGAAAGGAAAUAGCUAGCACACCACCUCCAUCCCCUUCUGUCUCCAUUGGACUUACUGGAGCUGGCUCUCCAGGUUCUGGGGGCGAGGUUAUGGGACUCCAGGUGGACUAUUGGACGUCACAGGGCCCAGAUAGGAAAAGGGAUGGCGAAAAGAGAGAUAUGGGAAUUAAGAAUACUUUAAAGAGUAAUUUUCGCUCACUCCAAGUUAGUCGUAUUCCUAGCAAUGGAGAGGUGACUCCCUCUGCAACUAUGUCAAUGACUGUAGUCACCAAAGAGAAAAAUAAAAAAGUAAUAUUUCUCAGCAAGAAACCGAAGGAGAAAGAGCUGGACUCUAAAAGCCAGGUUAUUGAUGGGAUCAGUAGGUUAAUUUGUACUGCCAAACACCAGCACACCAUGCUUAAAGUGUCUAUUGAUGGUGUGGAAUGGAAUGACGUGAAGUUUUUCCAGCUGGCUGCUCAGUGGCCUACUCAUGUAAAGCACUUUCCUGUCGGAAUAUUUGGAUACAACAAAUUAAUGUGAUCCCAGUUUCCAUAUUCAUUUUUUUUCUUGAAUGAGAGGAGGACAAGAUAUGCUAUUUUAGUUUUCCUGUGGAAAUUAUAACCUCCCUUCUGUCUUCUGAUAUACAUAUAUUUUUGCUAUAACUUUAAUUAAGCAAGGAACAAUUUUUUUUUUCUUUUGGAAAAGUUGCAAGAAAAUAGGAAGAAACACAAAGACAUUGACUAUUUUCAACAAUGGCAGCUUUAUUUGCACUUAAUGAUUAACAUUCUGUGAAGAAGAACAUGGAUUAUUGUUACAAAAGCAGCACACGGGGAACUGACUAGGGGAUGGGGGGUUAGCUUUUCCUUUUAGGGUAUAUAGGAAAUGCUGCUGCUAGGGAAAUCAUCCACUGUACAAAUGCUUUUUACUCAAGCAAAAAGUACAAACUGCCAUUUUAAUAGACUUGUUUUUAAUGACUUAACCUGCCUUUUUAUUUAAAGCACACUGUGGACUGGAAGCAAAAAAAGAACACUAUGUAAAUCAAUUAUGGACACUAACAAAUGGGAAUUUGUGCAGAUUAUUUGAAUUGGUGGUAAGGGACUUGCAGAAAAGUCUACUUUGCUCACAAAAGCAGUGUCUUUGGGCCCUGCACUGGAUUGAGCAUUUGUUUCUGAUUUACUCUAAGUAGUAAUUAACUGGUUGCAAAAACUUAAGAAUCUGCACAUCUACUCUAAAGCUGUGGGAAACCUCAGGAAUGAGAGAAAUGACACCAGCACAGCAUUUUGAACUUCAAGACUAGUAAAUAUGAAAUGAGAACAUUGCAUACACUACAUAGGGCUUAUUGAUACUUCAACCCUGUCCUGUAGCUGAAGGCCAAAUUUCUCUUUUAUUAUCUAUUCAUGGGGUUGACUCUCCAGGGGAGCCAUGACAUGCAGAAAACAAAAUGAUGUUCUGCAAGUCAUUAUUUAAGUAUUAGUGGGGAGUUGAGAAAUGUAAUCAUGUCUGUUUUAAAACGAUGUUACACUUAUCAGCUGUACUUCAUCUCUAAUGUGUAUUGUUCAGUGCAGGGCAUUUUUAUCCCAUUAAUGGUGUACAUGUAUUUAAAUGUGUAAUGCUUUAAUUUAAUAGGGUCAGUUUCCAAACUGUGCACUUAAUCAGUUUAUUCUUUCCAAUGUUUGAAUAUUUUUCUCAUGUUUUAGCAAAGAGAUCCAUAAUAGUUGAUGUCUAUGGGUGAGAUAUGAGCUAUAAGCAAUUAGUGGUUAUCACUUUAACAUUUAAACAAAGUGUUUGUGUUGUGAGAAGGGAACCAUCCAUGAUUCCAGAGCUACUUGUAUGCUGUUUGAAACAAACCUGUUUUAAAGUGUAUAUGCUAUUAUGUUUUCUAGCAGUCACCAAGAUAUUUAUUUUAUUGCAGAGCUUAAAGUUACUUGUCUCAGCAGUGCAUAUUUCAUCAACAGUAAAUCUGUCAGACUUUUUUACACUUCCCAGACAGUCGCAUUUGCCCGCUGGCAUUAUAUUGCUGAGCUGCCUCGCCACACUUGUCUUUCUAAGGUGGAGGUCAGAGGAGCACGCAGGAUGAUUGUGAAUUUUACCUGCCAGUAAGGACUAAGUGGCAAAAAUAAUGCCAGUAAGAAAAAACUAAUCUGAACCUUGUUACUCAUGCUGACGAGAACAGCUUGCUGACAAGCACUUCAUAGAGAAGGUCACAUCAUUCUCUCCCAUUUAUCUCUGGUGCUGUCAUAUGAUGCCAGUAAACCAAUCAAGCCAGUUUGUAUGUGUUUCUAUUUUACAUAAAGGAAAUUUAAGCCA